AUGGAAGAAGAAAAAAGACCACCCCUGCCAACCCGACCCUCCCAAACCCUCAAGGAAAACCCCACCCCCACCACCACCACCACCAAGGACCCCUAUCUCAACGACACCAGUAAACAUCAAGACCAAGACCAACAUGACCACAAUGAACCGGAUUCAAAUCCUUCACCACCAGCAUAUACCCCAACAGUCCUAAUUCAAAACCAAACAACCCACUCCGCCUACCGACCCUCCUCCAUCCUCCCCAAACCAGUAGUCAUACCCCAAACAUCCCACUCCAUCCACGGUACAAUCUACCGUCCCUUCGCACGGGCCUACCCGCCCGCCCUGGAGCGCCACGGAAUCACCAAAACAGAUUUCUUGGCCUUCAUCGACGGCCUCAACGAAGUCUGGGUAGCGAAUCCGUACAUCCAGGCUAUUAGCACGACCAGUAAGGCCGCGGUCUUUGUCCCGGUUUUGCAGGUCCAGAUUGCUGCGCUGGGGGUGGCUGCUGCGGCGGAGUAUGGGUCGGUGAAGGUUUCGCAGAGGCGGACGACGGAGUAUAUGCGGGUGGCGAAUGAGGAGUUAUUUCGGCCGAAGGGGUUGCGGGUGCAUGUGCUGAAGACGAAGGUGAUGAUGGCUGAGGUAGGGAUUCCCGGGGAUGUGUUGGAGUUGGGGGAGUGUGGGGGAAGGGAUGAGGAGUUUGGGGAUCUGGAGGAUGUUGGGAAGGGGAAGGGGAAGUAUGAUCCGCAGUUAAGGAGGGUGGAGGCUUUGAGGGAGUUUGUUUGUCCGGUUGUUUAUGAGGAAGGAGGAGGGGUGGGGAAGGAGAAUUGGAUUACGAGGGCUUCGGACAAACAGGAGAGCUGGCUUGCGGAGAGGCAGAAUAGUUCGAUUGUUGGGAAGAGGGAGAAGGCUGGGAAGUUGAUGAGUGAGGCUGAUGAAGCGGAGCGGCUGAUUGGUCUGAAGAUGGAGGAGGUUGCCCGUGCGAAGAUGGCUGCUGAAGAGAGGGCUAGGGAGAGAAUGGACGGUCCGUUGGGGGAGUCGCUGCAGGGGAGGAGCAUGAUUCAGGAUGAUUUGGCGAAGGAGAUGAAAAAGCUGGACAAGCAAAUGGAGAAGAUUGUAAGGGAGAAGGAGAAGAAGGUUACGAAGAUGAAGCAGAAGGGUGAACGGCAUCUGCAGAACGUGGAGAAGAAAGAGAGUCGCAUUGCCCAGAAGGUGAUGUGGGUGGUGGUGACGGGGGAUGAUGGGUCAGGCUUUCAGAACCAUCUUUGUGAGGAGUUGGGGGAUGCUUGA